AGAAGAAGCACCACACCAGACCAUACCCGUUAGCUUCAAAUUUACAGUAGACAGGAAAAACAGAGGACAGAAGGAAGAGCAUGCAAACCUUACCUGUUUUCCACUUUUUUACUUUUCAAUUCUACGCAAUUCGCAUGGUCAAACUCUCUCCUCCGCACUUUCUCGCUCUUCUUCUUCUUCUUCUUAUUCUUCUGCUCUCCCCGAGUUUGAAUUAUUUUUCUCAUGGCGGUAACGGAUGUUGAAGCUGUGCUGGAACUCUUGAGGAUCAACGGGCUGAAAGAGGCCGAGUCUGCUCUUAGAGAGGACAUCAGCGAGAGGAGCCGACUGGGUUCGUUCGAUUAUGAGAUGUUCUUCUUCCCCAUGCCGCCUCCGGUGAGGAUUCCGGCGAGUAUCCGGCGGCUGGAAGUCGAUAAUGGUGGUAAUCGUGGAGAAUCUGGAUCGAGUGGCGAUGGGUCGUGUUCAGAUGAUGAGUUUGUUAGCUUGGUUUCCUCUACUAGUGGUGCUUGUUCUUCGGAGUUCACGAAUCCAUAUGGUCAUCAUUCUACAGCUCAGGCAGAUUCUGAUGGGUCAUCAUCCGAUAGAUUAUCUCAAUUUGGUACAGCUCGUGAUUAUCCCGAGAUAAAUGGUUCUUACUGGUACGAUGAAAAAGAUGAAGACUACUUUAUGACUCCUGUCUUCACGGGUCCUGAUUUCUUUGGCUGUCCGAGUGAAGAUAAGUUCAUCAUGACUUCAGACUCAGAGAAGCAAUUUGAAAAUAUACCAGUUUUAUAUGAUAAAUAUGAAGGAUAUCAAACAGAAGCUGGCAGCGAUUACCUGGACAAGCCAUGUCUUUUCAAUAUGCUCCCUAUGGAUAAUGAUAAUGCUGAAGACUGUUAUCAUUUUGAUAAGCCUAACAAAGUUGAAGGAAUCAUGGAGGGGAAACUGAGUUGUUACAGUUGUUCAGCCCCACUUUGUAAAUGCCAUGCUGGAUCAGGAGGGUUUUAUGCCGGGGAUUUUGUGGAUUAUGGAAGCUCAAAAGAAACCAAGUAUAGUCAUUUUUACAUGAAGGAUGUGGAUGAUAUUGGAAGCAAAUAUAUUGGAGUGUCUAAAGGUGCUUCUGACAUGUCUUUUAAGGUUUCCGAGGACAAAGUUGAUCCAAAUAGAACUGAUGCAUAUGACGAUGGAGAUGGUGAAGUACUUGAAGAAUUAAAUGAGCCUAAGGCUGCUGCAAAUGAAGAUGGUAACAAUGAUGAUGAUCUUCUAUAUGACACUAAUGAGGAUGAAUAUGAAGUAUUCAAUCUACGAAUCAUCCACAGAAAAAACAGGACAGGGUUUGAAGAGAACAAGGAUCUACCUAUUGUCCUGAACACAGUGAUUGGAGGCAGAUAUUAUGUCACUGAAUACCUUGGUUCUGCUGCUUUUAGUAAGGUUGUUCAGGCACAUGAUCUUCACAUGGGAAUAGAUGUUUGCCUGAAGAUCAUUAAAAACGAUAAAGAUUUCUUUGACCAGAGUCUGGAUGAAAUUAAACUUUUGAAGCUUGUGAACAAGCAUGACCCUGGUGACGAACGCCAUAUUUUGCGACUGUAUGACUACUUCUACCAUCAGGAACACCUCUUCAUUGUUUGUGAACUCCUUCGCGCAAACUUGUACGAAUUUCAGAAAUUCAAUCAGGAAUCUGGUGGGGAACCAUAUUUUAACCCGAGCAGAUUGCAGGUGAUAGCGCGUCAGUGUUUAGAAGCAUUGGAGUAUUUGCACCACAUGGGAAUUAUCCACUGUGAUCUUAAGCCUGAGAAUGUUCUGAUUAAGAGUUACCGGAGGUGUGAGAUAAAGAUCAUUGAUCUUGGUAGCAGUUGUUUCCGUAAUGACAACUUGUGCUUAUAUGUACAAUCUCGUUCCUAUAGAGCCCCUGAAGUAAUUCUAGGCCUCCCAUAUGAUGAGAAGAUUGACUUGUGGUCUCUCGGGUGUAUUUUGGCUGAGCUGUGCUCUGGAGAAGUAUUGUUUCCUAAUGAUGCUGUAGUAAUGAUCCUUGCUCGAAUGAUUGGAAUGCUGCGUCCUAUUGAUAUGGAAAUGUUGGUAAUGGGGCAGGAAACACACAAGUACUUCACAAAAGAAUACGAUCUCUACCAUAUAAAUGAGGAGACUGAUCAACUAGAGUACAUAAUUCCCGAGAAGUCCUCGUUGGAGCAUCACCUGCAAGUUUCUGAUGCCGGGUUCAUUGACUUUGUCAAAAAUCUGCUUGAGAUCAAUCCCCAGAGACGCCCAACAGCAAGGGAGGCGCUGGAGGACCCAUGGCUCACCUCUUCCUACUAAUAAAAUCUUGUUCUACCAAUGAGCAGCCAGAGGAGUCACCAUUCUGGUGCAGUUGUGCAAACGAGUACGUACUCUCCUCCUCUCUAAUCCACGACUGAAUUGAAUUUUUGAUUUCAAUCUUGUUCUGACAUAUAUGCAACUACACCAGCUUUUUCCCACAGCAAAAGACGUACACAUUUAUUCUGUACAUAUAUAUAUAAUACAUAUAUGGGUGAUAUUUUUUUCCCGCAUCCCUUUUGCUGGAUGUUGUAAAGAGUGAUUGUUGAUUGAACAUACCAGAAAGAUGCAAUAAGAAUUGAUGGAUUCAUUGAUUUGGUUA